AUGGCCCUACACAGCCAAAUCUUGCUUAUCAUUUCCCUUUCAUUUCUAUUUUUCCAAUUCAACAUUGCUAUUGAUACAUCCUACAUAUCUUUAUCGCCAAAUGGCGCACCAUCACCAUUAUCUUCCAUGCCAAAUGGCGAAGUUUCAUUAGACAACAAAGAGUCUGUCCACAAAUAUGUGGACAAACUUAUGGAAUCCUCCGUUGCUAAAACGGAGGAGUUUCUCGACAAGGUUAUUGAGAAACGUUUGAAAGAUCCUACAGUGACCGCGUUCGCUAAGGAUUGUCUUUUAGUAUGCAAAGAGGUGUACGAACUCGGGGUCGAUGCAAUGAAAAAAACAAUGGAAGAUAUGGAUAAAGGAUAUUAUUAUAGUGCCAAUGUUGACCUAAGUGGUUUGUCUACUGAUUUAGAUACUUGCAUGGAUUGUGUUAAAGAAAUUUAUGGUGAUGAUCAAGAAUUUAUAAAUUUUAAUGAUUGGGCUGGAAAAGUUACUCAUGAUGCCUUGGAAAAGGUUGCAGGCUUUAGCAGUUAA